GUUCAAUCUGUGUUUGAUGGGAAUUGUUGGAUGUCAGUUCAGUGUGAAUUGGCCUUAAAUUGACGCCCUGACUCCAGUUCAGUUCUUAAGUGACCACUAAAUCAAAUUAAACUGCCACGGUGGAGUCCAAGCCAGUCAAAGCCCACACAAUCCUAUUGUGCACUACACAACAGCAAACCAAGAGCUGUGGGAGUUUCAUAGUGGCGUCCAUUUAGAUUCUGACUCCGUUAUACUCAAUAUUACAUGCCUGGAAUUAGGAAAGGGAAUCUGCUUAAUUUGAUCUGGAAGAAUAGGAAAGGUUGACUCUCCCAGCUUUUAGGUGAUCAGAGGGAGACUCACCAUCAUGAUGAAAUCUAAAGGAUCCCUCCUCAUCCUCAUCGGCUGUCUGCCUUUAGCAGUGAUGUCCUUGACAUGCUACACAUGCAUGUUUCCAGCCAUCUCUCCUCUGGACUGUCUGAAGUUCCCCCAGGAAUGUCCCGUGGGCCAGCGAUGUCUUGCCAGCACAGCUGUAGGAGUUAAAGGGUCAGUGUCCAUUGUCCUGUACGAGCGAAGCUGUGCCCUGCCAUCACAGUGUGACCAGCACGGAGAGAAACACGCGGCAGGAAUAAAGUUCAACUACACCAAUGAGUGCUGUGACACGGAUCUCUGCAACACUGCUGCGCCCAUCAGCUCCCCCCACUGGACAGGAGCAGUGCUGAGCCUCUGCAGUCUGGUCCUCCUGCUCCAGCUGGGAUGAGCAGCUCUUACUCUCACACGAGGUGCUACAACACCAUCAGCAAAGUCAGAGAUUCAGAAACACCACGACAUACCAACACCGUCUGUUUAAAACCAAUGCAUCCGCUCAAAUUUGCCAUGCAAACAAGACUGAAACUGUAAGUCCAUCUACGCACUUUCUUGCAAAUGCUAUGCUUGAAGGGAAGUGCCUGCAACCACACACACACACACACACACACAGAGUGCAUUGAGAAUGAGUCAUGUGUGCUCAAAAUACUGAAACUCUUCUUCUAAAUAUAAAUGGUUAAACCCACACAACUGCUAAAUCUAACAGCUAGUUUGCUUUAUUUUUGCUGUAAAUACUAAUGACAGUAACGUUUUUGUCAUUUUUACUAAUUCUAGAAAUAUUAAUGCAUAUUUUUCAUAUGAACAGGCUGUUCCAGAGGCUGUUCCAUUCCUGUAGAGCACAACACAUUAUUUUCUGUUCCUUUUUUUUUUUACUCUUUUAAUUAAUUUAAUUUAACAAUAAAUAUUAUAUUAAACCUGAACUAUGUAAACAUAAAGGAUCAAGAAAAAAUGUACUCAGCAUUUCAUUUGAAUUUUAUUUUAACUUUAUUAUAAACUGUAUUGCUGAAUAACAAUGUUAAAAAUGCAGGAAGAAACUGACUUUGUUGUAACAUCCCUCUAAUCAAUAAAAUCCUCAUUAAUCAAUAUUUGCACUGAUGUUGUGUUGUCCAUUUGAGUGCAGAGUAAGAUUUGGAAAUGACCACUGAGUGGUUAAGAGGAAAUGAAACCAGAAAUGCACGGGGAGAGGACUGGGGAUAAAGCAUGAUACUGUAUAUAAAAUAUUUUGGUAAGGUCAUCUUAGCAGUUGUUGCUGUCACUGGUUUCCUCUUUUUCAGAAGACAACAAAUGUGCAUGUUUUUCAUAACUCUCCCCAGACAAUAAAUAAGAGUGUUUUCAAUGUGGACGUUGACAGUCAUAAUUAGAGACGGAAGAAUAUUCUAGUGACUCAAAUUUGCACAUACAUCAUAUCAUAUAGCUACGAGAUGAGACUGUCGAUUGGGGCCAGUAACAGAUUGAAAGGAUUUUUAGUUUUUACUUCUCACAUAAAGUAUGAACCUUUACACAUGAUUCUUUUGGGGUACUUUUAUGAUACCUUCAUGAUUUUGUAACAUAUCAGUCAAUGGAAUGUAAAGAGCAGCUUAAAAAAAAAAAAAAGUUUAUGAAAUGUACGUGACCAAAGCAGCCA